UACACCUGAUGGCAUUUGUAUAGUUGCAUUUGUAAAAGAGCAACAGCAAUCUUUAUUUUCAGAAGUUGAAUCAUCAGAAAUUACUCGACAAAAUCAUGUCGAUGGCACGCCACAAAAAAGUGAUGAAUCCCUCAAGCAUAGAGUUAAUUUAUACAGCAUGUAUAUUUUAUACAGAAUUUGGAAACCAGCAAAUAAAGUUGUUGGAAUGCCCUCAAGUAUGCAAUCCUUGAAAUAUUUUAAAUUUACUAUAUUACAAAACCGUCAAUUUUAUCUUACAACAAUUGACAUCAAUAAUGGUGUUUCACAAGCAUUAAUCGUUAAAAAUUCAUCUUCAGAUGAUCAUCCCGAUAAAUCAUCCGUUCUUGUUGACACUGGAAAAAGAAUUGAUGAUCCGAUAGUCAAAUGUUCUGAAAUUUUACACGAUUUUAAUGAGUCUGUUGAAGUAUUGCUAGAUUUUGAUGUUAAAUUAUAUGACGAACAUGAACCUUUUCGUCGUGUUUCACGUGUUCAAGAAUGGUUUACUCAAAAUACUGCUAAGUCUCACAAAACUAUAGCGAAAUUAUUAAUGGAAAAUAUGCAAUGGAGCAAGAAACAAGAAAUUGGACAUGGUGGUAAACGUUUAUGUCAAUCGUCACGUCAUUAUUGUGGGAAGGCAUGUUCCUUACAGAAAAGUGAUUAUCACUGUCCUAAUAAAU